UUUUGUUGUUCUUUUCCCUUUAUGUUGCUCUUUUCCCUUGCUUGUUUCUGAAAAUAUUCUGAGAGCAAAAAUAAACAUUCUUUUAGAAUGGACACAUUCUAAAUGAUGGACACAGGAUGGUUAAGUAAAAGCCACUAGAGUGGUUGCUACCAUCAAAUACAUUGGUCCAAACUUAUGACAUUCUGACAAGAUUGAUAAUUUUCUUUGCUCUUGAGAGAUUGAUAAGUAAUGUAAUGGGAUUUUCUUAAUUUUUCUUUCUUUCUUUUUUUUUUUUCUUUUUUUUUUUUUAAAGAAACAGAGUCUCACUCUGUCUCCCUGGCUGGAGUUCAGUGAUGCAAUCAUAGAUCAUUGCAGCCUUGAACCCCUAGGCUCAAGUAGCUAGGACUACGGGUACACGCCACCAUGCCCAGCUACUUUUUUUGUUUUGUUUUGUUUUGUAGAGACGGUGUUUCACUAUGUUGCUCAGGCUGUCUCAAACUCCUGGCCUCAAGAGAUCCUUCUGCCUUAGCCUCCCAAAGUGUCAAGAUUACAAAUGUGAGCCACUGUACUCUGCCUGGGAUUUUCAAACAUUAAGGCAUGCCAAGUUUUCUGGGACUCCAACCAGCUACAUUUGAUGGCCCAUUCUCAUGCACACUUAAAAAACUGAUGGGUUUAUGGAACUGUUACAACAGGUCUCACUUAAUCCUCUAUGGCCAUUUCAUUUAUUCAGCUGGUUAAGCCUAGGUUCAUGGCUCAAAACUAUUAAGCAAACUGAGAUUAUCCUUUUACUUUAUAUUUUUCCUUUUUUAAACUUUGUAUCUGUUACUUGUUAAAUUUUUGCAGAAGUAUAGGUCUUAACAAAAUGAUGCUGGGCCAGCACUUUGAGAUGACAGCCAAAGACUAUAGACCUUAAUAAUAAACUCCAGGUAGACUUAGCCUGAGAGCCAUUUUCUUCAAACCUCCCUUAUUGCCCAAAUGUGGCUAAAUGGUUUUUGACACGGACUCCUCAUCACCAAUCACUCCCCACAAUGUGGGAAGAAACCAGCAACCAGGACAGGUUCAACCUGGCCUCCAGGGACAUCAGAAUGUAACUACAAAAUGACUGAUCAGUGAUGCAUUCUGAGAAAGAUCUUGAUCAAAAAAAGGAAAUGUGAAAAUUGUCAGAAUCAAAAUGGAGUCACUUGUGUUAAAAAACAAAACACCCUGACAGAGCUGGGGAAGGCUAAGAAGGGAAGGCUUUCACACUUGUAUGCCUGAUAACUAAACUAUUGCAAAAGACUCUGCAAAAACCACAACCUUACACAAAGACCAUUGCAACCUUACACAACAAGUACUUCUGUGUGGACAUCUGCCCAGCAACUGCCUGUUCAACCUAGAACUGGAGUCACCCUUAUUAUUGAUCCCUGUAGCCAAGCAUAAUAAUUUCAAAGCAAUUAUUUAAUCCUCCUCAUUUUUUUUGUCUUCUUUUACCUCCCUGAAUACACACAGAGUUUACUGGGGCAUGUAUAUUCCCAUUGCAAUGCCCUAUUCUUAAAUGAAUGUCUUUUUUUUUUUAGAGGUCCUAUUAUUUAGGUUGACAGCUUUAAAAUAAAGCUUGUUUUUGUUUUGUUUUGUUUUUGAGGAAGAGGCUUGCUGUCACCCAGGCUGGAGUGCAGUGGCACAAUUAUGGCUCACUGCAGCCUCCACCUCCUGGGCUCAAAGUGAUCCUCCUGCCCCAGCCUCUUGAGUAGCUGGGACUGUAGGUGCAUGUCACCACAACUGGCUGACUUUGGUGUUUUUUUUUUUGGGUACAGAUGGGGUUUUGCCAUGUUGCCCAGGCUGGUCUUGAACUCCAGGCUCAAGCAAUCCACUUGCCUCAGCCUCCCGAAGUGCUGAGAUCAUAGGCAUGGGCCACCUUGCCUAGUCUAUAAUAAAGCUUGUUAUCCGGUAGCACAAGUUUUCCUCCUCCCACUCCUCCUCUUCUUUUUUUUCUUCCUUCUCUUCCUCAUGAAUGCUUGUCUUUGCGCUUCCAUAACAUUUUAAAUUAGCUUGUCACGUUUCUCACACAUACACAGAAAUUUAUUGAGAUUUUGUUGGGAAUUGCACUGGCUCUGUAGGUAGGUUUGGAGAGACCUGGCAUUUUUCAGUAUUGACUCUUCCAAUUUAUGAACAUGUUAUAUCUUUAUUUAGGUCUUCUUCAGUGUCUUUCAAUGUUUUCUUCAGGCAGGUUUUGCAUUUCUUUGAUCGAUUUAUUCCUAGGUACUUGAUAUUUGUUUGGAGCUGUUGUAAAUGGUAUCUUUAAAAAAAUUAUCUUUUUUACUAGCAUAUAUAAAUAAAUAUUGAUUUUUUAAAAUAUGAUUUUUGUAUCUAUUAACCUUGUUAAACUCUUUUAUUGUUAACAGUUUAUCUGCAGAUUGUUUUGAAGUGCCACAAACAAAAAAUUUUUUUUUUUUUUGAAACGGAGUUCUGCUCUUGUUGGCCAGGCUGGAGUGCAGUGGCGCGAUAUCAGCUCACUGCAACCUCUCUUCCUCCUGGCUUCAAUCAAUUCUCCCGCCUCAGCCCCCCGAGAGGCUGGAAUUACAGGCGUCCGCCACCUCGCCCUGCUAAGUUCGUAUCUGUAGUAGAGAAGGGGUUUCACCAUGUUGGCCAGGCUAGUCUCGAAUUCCCGACCUCAGGUGAUCCUCCCGUCUUGGCCUCUCAAAGUGCUGGGAUUACAGGCAUGAGCCAACGGCGCCCGGCCUCCACGUACAUAAUUAUAUAAUCUAUGAAAAAAUAAUUUUGUUUCUUAUUUAAUCUUCAAUCCUUUUAUUUUUCUUGCCUCACUCCACUGGCUAAGGACCUUCGGCUGCAAUAAUGGGUAGUCUCAUCUAUAGCACACUUAAUCAUCACUAAGCUUUCCCAGCCUCAGGUCAAUAGUAUUAGGAGGUUGGUUCCUCACUGGAGGGUCGGGAACAAGACGCCAGAGCCCUUCUUCCAGCGCCUGCAGCGAGUUAAGGCCGAGGGUAUGCCUCUGGCGGGCUCAUCUUCCAACACAGAAGAGUCCUCCGCCCUCUCUGGUUGCCGUGCAACGGCGUCGUUCUGACACAGGGUAGGUGCAGGGCGGCUGGAAGCACGUGCCGCCGCUUUCUCAUUCUGGGACUACAUCCCCCACAAUGCCACGCGCCGCGGGCGACUGGCCCCCGAGUGCGGGAAGGGCCGGCCGGGAGGCGGAGCGGAAGCCGAGUGCGAGGGACGAGCGGAGUAAAAUCUCCACAAGCUGGGAACAAACCUCGUCCCGACUCCCACCCACCGGCCUUUCUCCAGCCCGAUCUGGAGGCUGCUUCGCCAGUGUGGGACGCAGCUGACGCCCGCUUAUCAGCUCUCGCUGCGUCGCCCCGGCUCAGAAGCUCCGUGGCGGCGGCGACCGUGACGGGAAGCCCGCGGCAAGCUCAGUUCUCUUCUACUUUGGGAGAGAGAGAAAGUCAGAUGCCCCUUUUAAACUCCCUCUUCAAAACUCAUCUCCUGGGUGACUGAGUACUGGGAAGAUGAACUGUUCUCAUCAGCAACAUGCUGUUAUGUCAUCUUUUAGGACUAAGUAAUGCUCCAGUGAUUUAAUACCAAUGACAUUUUCAUGUUGUCCACAAAUUCUGAGUAGAAACCUUUUCAAGCCCGUAGCCUCUCUGAGAGCUGACUGUUAUUAACUGAAUGAGAGGAUGUCAGGAAACAGAGUUAAUAGAGUGGAUACAACCUUGCUGAAGAUGAAGAAUAUACAAUAUUGAGGAGAUUUUUUUCUUUUUUCUUUCAAGUCUUGAUUAGUGGCUUGCCUCAAGUUACCACUUUUCAGUCAAGUCUGUUUGUUUGCUUCUUCAGAAAUGUUUUUUACAAUCUCAAGAAAAAAUAUGUCCCAGAAAUUGAGUUUACUGUUGCUUGUAUUUGGACUCAUUUGGGGAUUGAUGUUAUUGCACUAUACUUUUCAACAACCAAGACAUCAAAGCAGUGUCAAGUUACGUGAGCAAAUACUAGACUUAAGCAAAAGAUAUGUUAAAGCUCUAGCAGAGGAAAAUAAGAACACAGUGGAUGUCGAGAAUGGUGCUUCUAUGGCAGGAUAUGCGGAUCUGAAAAGAACAAUUGCUGUCCUUCUGGAUGACAUUUUGCAACGAUUGGUGAAGCUGGAGAACAAAGUUGACUAUAUUGUUGUCAAUGGCUCAGCAACCAACACCACCAAUGGUACUAGUGGGAAUUUGGUGCCAGUAACCACAAAUAAAAGAACGAAUGUCUCAGGCAGUAUCAGAUAGCAGUUGAAAAUCACCUUGUGCUGCUCCAUCCACUGUGGAUUAUAUCCUAUGGCAGAAAAGCUUUAUAAUUGCUGGCUUAGGACAGAGCAAUACUUUACAAUAAAAGCUCUACAUAUUUUCAAGGAGUAUGCUGGAUUCAUGGAACUCUAAUUCUGUACAUAAAAAUUUUAAAGUUAUUUGUUUGCUUUCAGGCAAGUCUGUUCAAUGCUGUAUGUCCUUAAGGGGAAUUUGGUAAUUUGGUUGAUGUGGUAAGCAGGUAGGUGAGUUUUGUAUAAAUCUUUUGUGUUUGAGAUCAAGCUGAAAUGAAAACACUGAAAAACAUGGAUUCAUUUCUAUAACAUAUUUAUUUAAGUAUAUAACACGUUUUUUGGACAAGUGAAGAAUGUUUAAUCAUUCUGUCCUUUGUUCUCAAUAGAUGUAACUAUUAGACUAAGGCUAUUUGAAAAAAUGUGCUUAUUUCUAGUACUAUAUUUUGUUAUUCCAAUUAUGAGCAGAGAAAGGAAAUAUAAUGUUGAAAAUAAUGUUUUGAAAUCAUGACCCAAAGAAUGUAUUGAUUUGCACUAUCCUUCAGAAUAACUGAAGGUUAAUUAUUGUAUAUUUUAAAAAAUUACACUUACAAGAGUAUAAUCUUGAAAUGGGUAGCAGCCACUGUCCGUUACCUAUCGUAAACAUUGGGGCAAUUUAAUAGCAGCAUUAAAAUAGUGGUAAACUCUAAUCUCAUACUUAAAUUUUUCUCAUAUUCUGAAGAAUAAAAGAUAUUUUUAUGAUGAGAGUAACAAUAACUAAAGUAUUCAUGAUUUCUCACAUACAUGAAUGUUCAUUUAAAAGUUUAACCCUUUGAGUGUCUAUGCUAUCAGGAAAGCACAUUAUUUCCAUAUUUGGGUUAAUUUUGCUUUUAUUAUAUUGGUCCAGGAGGAAGGGACUUUGGAGACUGGAACUCUUGAGGACUUUAGCCAGGUGUAUAUAAUGAAGGUACUUUUGUGCUGCAUUAAAUUGCUUGGAAAAUGUUAACAUUAUAUUAUAUAAGAGUAUCCUUUAUGAAAUUUUGAAUUUGUAUAACAGAUACAUUAGAUAUUCAUUUUAUAUAAUGGCCACUUAAAAUAAGAACAUUUAAAAUAUGAACUAUGAAGAUUGACUGUCUUUUCAGGAAAAAGCUGUAUGUAGCACAGGGAACCCUAAUCUUGGGUAAUUCUAGUAUAAAACAAAUUAUACUUUUAUUUAAAUUUCCCUUGUAGCAAAUCUAAUUGCCACAUGGUGCCCUAUAUUUCAUAGUAUUUAUUCUCUAUAAUAACUACUUAAGUGCAGCUAGCUUCUAGAUUUAGACUAUAUAGAAUUUAGAUACUGUAUUGUUCAUCAUUACAAUAUGCUACCACAUGUAGUAGCAAUAAUUAUAAUAUUUUUUUAAAAUAAAUAUGUGAAAUAUUGUCUCAUGAAAGACAGAUUUCCAAAUCUCUGUUCUCUUCUCUGUACUGUCUACCUUUAUGUGAAGAAAUUAAUUAUAUACCAUUGCCAGGUAGAAGUUUGGAAUAAUUGUUUAGUCUCUCCUAUUAGAUGUGGACAUUUUUGUUUUUGUUUUUUUUUCAGGGAUGAAAUAAAAUAUAUUAUUUCUACCUACAAA